GGUGGUUUCCUGGUUGCAGAAGUUUUUUACUUCCUCUUUCUCCUCCGUUGUGUCGCAGGUGUUUUCUCCGUGUGAAGUUUGCUGAAGCUACAAAGUCUCUGUGACUGGAUGUGACUGGACUGAGUGCAGCUCUCCCAGCAGCUGUUUCUCUGCUAUGGAUCAGUGUGAGGACAGAGAGGAGGGAGUCCCUCCCUCUAAAAGCUCUACCAAAGCUCCAAAGACCAAAGCUCAGAGGAUGCAGCAGCAGAGAGCAGACUCUCCUGAACCCAGCUGUGUGUCCAUGAAGAGUGACCGCUCUUUGGGUCGCCUUAUUGAUUUAAAAGAUGGACAACCUGCUGAUGGAAGAGUUCAGCAGCAGACCUCAGAGGUUCCCAGUGAUCAGUCUGCACAGCAGCAUCAAACACAACUGGACUCCAUAUUUAUGCUGCUGGAGGAGAACAUCGUCACUUUUGUGAAGAACGAACUGAAGAAAAUCCAGAGGGGUCUGAGUCCAGAUUACCCAGAAUGCUUUGAGAGUCAGAGUGAGGAUGAGGAGGUGUUGGACGGUGAGGAGGAAGAGCAGAGGAGGAGCAGCAGAGAAGCAUUUCUGAAGAUCACACUGCACUUCCUGAGGAGAAUGAAGCAGGAGGAGCUGGCUGACCGUCUGCAGAGCAGAACUCGUGCUGCAGAGUGUCGACAUAAACUCAAGUCUAACCUGCAGAAGAAGUUCCAGUGUGUGUUUGAGGGGAUUGCUAAAGCAGGAAACCCAACCCUUCUGAAUCAGAUCUACACAGAGCUCUACAUCACAGAGGGAGGGACUGCAGAGGUCAAUGAUGAACAUGAGGUCAGACAGAUUGAAACAGCAUCCAGGAAACCAGACACACCAGAAACAACAGUCAGACAAGAAGACAUCUUUAAAGCCUCACCUGGAAGAGAUGAACCAAUCAGAACAGUGAUGACAAAGGGAGUGGCUGGCAUUGGGAAAACAAUCUUAUCACAGAAGUUCACUCUGGACUGGGCUGAAGACAAAGCCAACCAGGACAUACAGUUCACAUUUCCAUUCACUUUCAGAGAGCUGAAUGUGCUGAAAGAGAAAAACUACAGCUUGGUGGAACUUGUUCACCACUUCUUUACUGAAACCAAAGAAGCAGGAAUCUGCAGGUUUGAAGAGUUCCAGGUUGUGUUCAUCUUUGACGGUCUGGAUGAGUGUCGACUUCCUCUGGACUUCCACAACAAUGAGAUCCUGACUGAUGUUACAGAGUCCACCUCAGUGGAUGUGCUGCUGACAAACCUCAUCAAGGGGAAACUGCUUCCCUCUGCUCGCCUCUGGAUAACCACACGACCUGCAGCAGCCAAUCAGAUCCCUCCUGAGUGUGUCAGCAUGGUGACAGAGGUCAGAGGUUUCACUGACCCACAGAAGGAGGAGUACUUCAGGAAGAGAUUCAGAGAUGAAGAGCAGGCCAGCACCAUCAUCUCCCACAUCAAGACAUCACGAAGCCUCCACAUCAUGUGCCACAUCCCAGUCUUCUGCUGGAUCACUGCUACAGUUCUGGAGGACAUGUUGAAAAGCAGAGAGGGAGGAGAGCUGCCCAAGACCCUGACUGAGAUGUACAUCCACUUCCUGGUGGUUCAGUCCAAACUGAAGAACAUCAAGUAUGAUGGAGGAGCUGAGACAGAUCCACACUGGAGUCCAGAGAGCAGGAAGAUGAUUGAGUCUCUGGGAAAACUGGCUUUUGAGCAGCUGCAGAAAGGCAACCUGAUCUUCUAUGAAUCAGACCUGACAGAGUGUGGCAUCGAUAUCAGAGCAGCCUCAGUGUACUCAGGAGUGUUCACACAGAUCUUUAAAGAGGAGAGUGGGCUGUACCAGGACAAGGUGUUCUGCUUCGUCCAUCUGAGUGUUCAGGAGUUUCUGGCUGCUCUUCAUGUCCAUCUGACAUUCACCAACUCUGGAGUCAAUCUGCUGACAGAAGAACAAAUAUCCCGGCUGUCUGAAGUGUUCAGAGGCAAAUCAACACGUUUCUACCAGAGUGCUGUGGAUGAGGCCUUAAAGAGUCCAAAUGGACACCUGGACUUGUUCCUCCGCUUCCUCCUGGGUCUUUCACUGCAGACCAAUCAGACUCUCCUGAAAAACUACUUCCUGAAAAAGACAGGAAGUAGGUCACAGACCAAUCAGGAAACAGUCAGGUACGUCAAGAAGAAGCUCAGUGAGAAUCUGUCUGCAGAGAGAAGCAUCAAUCUGUUCCACUGUCUGAAUGAACUGAAUGAUCGUUCUCUAGUGGAGGAGAUCCAACAGUCCCUGAGAUCAGGACGUCUCUCCACAGAUAAACUGUCUCCUGCUCAGUGGUCAGCUCUGGUCUUCAUCUUACUGUCAUCAGAAAAAGAUCUGGACGUGUUUGACCUGAAGAAAUACUCUGCUUCAGAGGAGGCUCUUCUGAGGCUGCUGCCAGUGGUCAAAGCCUCCAACAAAGCUCUGCUGAGUGGCUGUAACCUCUCAGAGAAAAGCUGUGAAGCUCUGUGCUCAGUUCUCAGCUCCCAGUCCUCUAGUCUGAGAGAGCUUGAGCUCAGUAAUAAUAACCUGCAGGAUUCCGGAGUGAAGCAGCUGUCUGCUGGACUGAAGAGUCAACACUGCACGCUGGAAACUCUCAGCCUGUCAGGAUGUCUGAUCACAGAGGAAGGCUGUGCUUCUCUGGCCUCAGCUCUGAGCUCCAACCCCUCCCAUCUGAGAGAGCUGGACAUGAGCUACAAUCAUCCAGGAGGCAAAGGAGAGAAGCUGCUGUCUGCUGGACUGAAGGAUCCACGUUGGAGACUGGAGACUCUCAGGCUGCAGCCUGCUGGAGUCCGAUGCUUGACACCAGGUCCGAGGAAGUAUUUCUGUCAACUCACACUGGAUCCAAACACAGCAAACAGAAACCUCAAACUGUCUGACAACAACAGGAAGGUGACACAUGUGAUGGAGGAUCAGUCAUAUCCUGAUCAUCCAGACAGAUUUGACUUCCGGCCUCAGCUGCUGUGUAGAAAUGAUCUGACUGGUCGCUGUUACUGGGAGGUCGAGUGGAGAGGAAAACUGGUUUCUAUAUCAGUGACUUACAGAGGAAUCAGCAGGAAAGGAUACAGUUAUGACUGUUUGUUUGGAUGGAAUGAUCAGUCCUGGAGUCUGAUCUGCUCUGCUGGUGGUUACUCUGUCUAUCACAAUAAGAGAGAAACAUCCAUCUCCUCCUCCUCCUCCUCCUCCUCCUCCUCCUCCUCCUCCUCUUCCUCCUCUGUCUCUAACAGAGUAGCAGUGUAUGUGGACUGUCCUGCUGGCACUCUGUCCUUCUACAGAGUCUCCUCUGACACACUGAUCCAUCUCCACACCUUCAACACCACAUUCACUCAGCCUCUGUGUGCUGGGUUUGGGGUCGGGUCUGGUUCCUCAGUGUCUCUGUGUUCUCUGUAGGAGGAAGAGUCUCCUCCUGUUAGAGAAACUUUCUCAUAUUAUUUAGUACCAACCUGAUCUCUCACUGCUUGUAAAUGCAGUUUCUAAACCAACAUGGUUUCCACAUGACUGACAGUUUGUUUGUCAUUUAAAAAGCUGUAAAAAAGAAGCUGAUGUUCUCAGAGCAGAUAGCUCAGUCUGUUAGAGGACUGUUUGGAGGUUCGGAGGUCGUGGCUUUGAUCCUUAUGAGUCUCAGUGAAACUCAGAAGCUCUCAGAGAGAAAACCACCAGCAGCUGAAAGUUUACUGAAACCUCAAGUUGUGACCAAGGUUUUUAAAAAUGUUGGAAGAGUUUUGCCGACUAACUAUAACACACAUAAUGACAGUAAGUAUCCGCUGGCCUAUAGAGGCUCUUUGUUGUUUUUACUCUUAUUUGUUGUUCAAUUAGUUGUUUUUUAAUCAUAUAGUAAAUUCAGAAAGCGACAUGUUUUUAUGUGUCUCUACUGGAUGUGCAUGUAGAGCUGUAAAUAAACAUUAUGAUUCAGAGAUUCAUCAAUUCAUGGUUUUGUCUAUAAAAUGUCAGGAAAUUGUGUAAAUUGUGUAAAAUGCUGGUUGUAAUUUCACAGAGUCAAAGGCGACGUCUUUAAAUGUCUCAUUUUGUCUGAACUAAAGUCCAGAACAGUCAAAUAUUCUGUUUAUUAUCAUGUAAGACAAAGAAAAGCAUUCAAUCUUCACACCUGAGAAGCUAAAAGCAGAAAAUGUUUGCUUCAAAAUGACUCAAAUGAUGAUUAAGUGUUAAUUUAGUGUUGAUGGAUAAUCAAUGAAUGGACUAAUUGUUGCAGCUCUGGCUGUAUGUGAACAGAAUAUUAGAGGACAAACAGCUGACAGUUUAGCGCCUUACUAAAUAUCCACAAUAAAAAGCUCAUUUACAGGAUCAUCAAUCUGUUUACAAUCUGUUUGAAAUGUUUCUUAUUUCCUGUUUUUGUGUUGUACCAAGUAAAGUUGAUCAUUUGUAUGUUUAUGUUACUCAGGCAGAAAUAAAUGGAACUGCAGUAUCACCUGUUAUGUCCAAUAAAAAAGGAUCAUAAAUAAUAAUAGAAGCUUUCAUUUGAUCUUUAUUGUCAGAUUCAGAAAAAUGGCACUCUAAUAAUAAGCUGAACAUUAUUAAUAGUUCUAUUGUUUAUUCACACACAGUUUAGCGCAGGGUCAGUUUCUCAUUUCUACAACCUUCACACAACUCAACUUUGAAUGAAAAGUCACAUUUUGAUAUAAAUCAUCAACAUUAAUAGUUAUAUUUGGAAAAUGUGCUUUGGACAAAAAGCAAGUGUUUUCUUCUCCAGGAAGAAAACAGUGAAACACGUGUGUCGGUUAACUUUCUGCACACAAAGUGAAUACAGACGUCCGUUUGUCUUCUUCUGCUGUGACGAUCAGCGGGUCAGAGGUCAGAUCAGGUAUGUGACGAGGAGCUGAGAGAGGAAACCAAGAAGAAAGUCAAAAGCUCACAGCUCAACAUCCAAACACAGACUGCACACAGAGCUGCAAGCAUGGAGGAGAAACCAUCACAUCUACAGAUCCAGGUACAGUUCUCCACUUUACUUUAUCACAGAAAAACUCUCAUUUUUCUCUUUUUCACUUCAUUUGAAAGAUGAAGAAAACAUCUGGACUCCUGCUGUCAAACUUCAUCCAAACUAACAGCUGUUUUCUAUUUCCAUCAUGCUGAACAUGCAGGUUUGGAAAAACUAAAUCUUUCUCCAAAUGUCACCAAACAAGACUUUUACAGUCCGUUAAGAAACUCUUAUUAUCAGAAAUAAACAUGUGUCUGAUUUUACAGUCCUGAACAUUUUCACAUGUU